AGUGAAAAAACUAAACUAACCAUGAUUAUGAGAAUCACCUAAAAUCGCGGGAAACGUGUUCUGUUCUUGUUUAGAGGCCCGUGAGAUAUAGUUACAAUUUAUUAAUACCAAGGCAAGAAAUUAUUUAUAAGAAAAUCAACAAAUUUUUUUAGUAGUUUGCAUGUAAUACGCAUCGACUCAUGUGGACUGAUAAAAAAUACGUAUCAUUUCUCUAAGAAAUAAGGUAUCCCUUGAAAAUCGGCCAUCGCAGCUAUUUUCAGUGAUAAUGAAAAUUAUUUUCUAUACGUGAAUCGUUUAUACACAAGCUCUGAAUUUUAUAUUGCAUUAAUCAUUGAAAGAUUAUAUGAGGUUUAAUGUCAUCGAGUUACUAUCAUCUUCAAUAGACGAAGAUGCUAAAUUAGUUGGAAAACAAUGACUACUAUCAACAAAGUAAAUAGCAAGGUGGGCAUAACUGUUGAAUCAGGAUUUGGCGAAUUCGACAGAAGUUUGGAAACUACAAGCAGUAAUUUUAAGAAUGACCAAAAGGACUUCAGUUUCAAUUAUAAUAAAACUUCACCUGCUAGAAGUCGUUAUGGCAGAACAAUAAAACCUAAGUCUCCUAUGAAUGACAUUAUCAAUUCUUCAAAGAAUUCUAAAAUGCCAAAGAAUCAGAAUUUAUCCAAUAGUAGUAACGACAGUAUAGAUGAAAAUAAUACAGUUAACGACAUGGAUGAUACAAGUGAUUCUUCCACUAAUUUAAGCAUUAUGGAGGAAACUGCACCAAAAUUGGUUGGUACAUCUAUACAGUGUAAUUGGAUAUUAGGUCAAUUAGCAUGGGCUAGAGUUGGCAAUUUUCCUUUUUGGCCUUGUGUUAUAACACUUGACCCAAUUUUAAUGAUAUAUCAUAGAUUAAGAGCUACUGCCAGAUCACAAACGCUAAUGAUACAUGUCCAAUACUUUGGUGAUAAAGGACGUCAUAGUUGGGUUUCAUCAAACUCUAUGAUUCCAUUUACAAAUCUUGCAGACUUUAAAAAAUUAUCAGAAUCAAUAACUGCAGAAGUAAAGAAGAGAGAUGCUAAAUAUGCAGCUGCAUUUGUUAUUAAGCCUGGUAUAAAAUUAAAGUGGGAAAGUGCGAUUGAGGAAGCCAUGGAAGUUGAAUCAAUGAGUAAUGAUGCUAGAGCUCAUGUUUUUAAACCAAAGGAAAAAAACAUGAAAAAUAAAUCAUCAAAACUAUCGGAGGAUAAAAAUAAAAGUAAUAAAAGAAAAAAUUCAAGUGAUUCAAAUGAUUCUGAUUCUAAACGUGCUAAGAAAGAUAAUGUACAUGAUGUAGAUAAAGAAAAGACAAAUGGAACAAAACCAAAACUACUUAAGUACAUUGAAAAUGGUAAAAAUAAUUUGAAACUUAAUUCAGAUACUCCGCCAUUAUCUCCUUUAACUCAAAGAAAUUCCAACGAUGAGGUUUCUCUUAUGCAAAAAGUUGAAUUUCGCCCUGAAGAAAAAGUAGAUGGUGUCUUUGAAGUUUAUUACGAACGGAAUAGAGAUAUGUUAGAAGAUGAAUAUCCAGAUGCGUCAGAACGUGAUAUUAAAAAAUAUUUAAAGAAGAAUUGGGAUAAUAUGAAUUCUUCUUUUCGCAAAAAAUAUCGAUCGUAUAUAACAUCUGAUUCUACUAGUGCUCAUACAAAAGAAAAUUUAUUAAACAAUGAAGAUGACUUAUUGGAAGUGGAUGAAAGUACUAAGGAUAACAAAAAGUCAAGAAUUAAAGUUGAAAAGGAAGAGACAAGUGUUUCAGAAACGAAAAAAAAUAAACCUUAUAAUCUUUUUAAAGGAAUGAAACAAGAAAAAGUUUGUCAAAUAUGUGAAAAGACUGGAAAAUUAACUAGAUGUAAAGGUCCUUGUUAUUCGUAUUUUCAUCUUUUUUGCGUGAAACCAGGAGAAUCUAGUCCAGAGCAUUCUAUUGAUGAAAAUAUGAUGGACGAUAAAAUUCUUGAUGAUAUAAAAGAGAUUAAACAAAGCAAUACUGAUGAUGAUGAGAAUAACGGCAAAUUAGAAGAACAAGAUGACGAAUUCUUUAAAUGUAUUGAUUGCUUAUCAGGUGUAGCACCUGCUUGCUUUAUAUGUAAUGAAAGAGAAGGAGAUAGAGUAAGAUGCUCUGUAUUAGCUUGUGGAAAACAUUAUCAUUCAUCUUGCUUGAAAUCGUGGCCACAAUCUCAUUGGCAAGGAGGUCGUUUGACUUGUCCAUAUCAUGUAUGUCAUACAUGCAGUUCAGACAAUCCUCAAGAUAGUCAUUCGAGAGCACCACACGAAAAAAUGGCACGAUGCGUUCGUUGUCCUUCAUCUUAUCAUACAUCUACGUCUUGUUUACCUGCUGGUUCAGUAAUUUUAACCGGUAGUCAAAUAGUUUGUCCAAAACAUUACCAGGCACCACAUCCUCCAGUAAACGCAGCAUGGUGUUUUUUAUGUACAAGAGGUGGAAGUCUUAUCUGUUGUGAUACAUGUCCAACGUCAUUUCACAUGGAAUGUUUGGGUAUUACUGCCCCCCCAGAAGGUGCAUUUCAUUGUGAAGAUUGUGAAACAGGUAGAUUGCCUCUAUAUGGAGAGGUUGUAUGGGUUAAACUUGGUAAUUAUCGUUGGUGGCCAUCUCGUAUUUGUUAUCCUCAUGAAAUUCCUGAAAACAUAGAAGCUAUAUCUCAUAGUCCUGGUAAAUUUUGCGUGAUGUUUUUUGGAUCAAAUAAUUAUCAUUGGAUUCAUAGAGGACGUGCUUUUCUUUAUCAAGAUGGUGAUGCAAACAUAAAACCGCCCAUCGGUAAAAAAAAUAGAGAUGAUACUUAUCGUAAAGCAUUAGAAGAAGCUAAUGAGAUUCAUCAACGUUUAAAAAUCGAAAGAGCAGCAGCUAAAGAUCAUGGACCACGAGGAGGUUUAAAGCCUCCGCCUUAUGUUAAGUUGAAGAUGAAUAAACCGGUUGGAAAUGUAAAACCAACAGAAGUUGAAAGUAUUGUUGCCUGUGAUUGUGAUCCAGAAUGGGAAAAUCCAUGUGCUCCAGGAACAGAUUGUCUUAAUCGAAUAUUAUUAGUUGAAUGUAGUCCCGGUACUUGUCCAGCUGGUUCCAAAUGUAAUAAUCAAGCAUUUGUACGAAGACAAUAUCCAGCUAUGGAACCAUUUCACACUGCAGAACGUGGUUGGGGUCUUAGAAGUUUAGAACUUAUUAGAGCUGGUCAAUUUGUCAUAGAAUAUGUAGGUGAAGUUAUAGAUGAAGCUGAAUACAAGCGAAGGCUACACAGGAAAAAAGAAUUAAAGAACGAGAAUUUUUAUUUUUUAACUAUAGAUAAUAAUAGAAUGAUUGACGCUGAACCAAAAGGCAAUUUAAGUCGAUUUAUGAAUCAUUCGUGUUCACCAAACUGCGAGACACAGAAAUGGACAGUAAAUGGAGAUACACGCAUAGGUCUGUUUGCAUUAUGCGAUAUCAUAGCUGGUGAAGAAUUGACUUUUAAUUAUAAUUUAGUUUGUGAUGGUGAAACUCGGAAACCUUGUCUGUGUGGCGCAUCAAAUUGUAGUGGCUUUAUAGGUUUAAAAGUACAGAAGCCGCAAAUAACUACACCUUCGAUUCAACCAAAAAAAUUUGAUAAAAUUGAUAAAAUAAAACGUCAAAGAAGGUUACGGAAGCGUGUAUUAUGCUGGGGUUGUGGUCAAGAAAUUGAAAAAUUAACACAAUUUGUUGUUUGCGAUCAAAAGACAUGCAGUAAGAAGUACCAUAAAACUUGUGUGAUUAUCGAUGAUACAGAUUCGAGAUUCAGUUGUCCUUGGCAUUUUUGUGCAGAAUGUAGUCGUAGAACAUCUGCACAUUGUUCCUUUUGUAGUGCUGCUUUUUGUCAAGUACACCUGAAUGGAAACCUAUUUGAGUAUAGUGAAAAGGGUGGUUUUGUCUGUAAAUUGCAUGAAAAUAUGGAUGUGCAAAGGUCUGCUGAAGAUGAAAAAGAUUAUUCAGAUGAUACUGAAACAGACAAAGAAUAUUCUUCUACAGAUUCCAAUAGCCCGUUAGUAACAAUGGAAAAAUCAGUACCGCGUGAGCCAUCACCAAGAGUUUCUAUAGUAGAGGUUCAUCCGAGCAGUGAAGAAAGUGAAGAAUCUCAAAAAGAAGAUGAUGAAGAAGCAAUGCAUUCUACCAAUUUUAUGCCUUAUGAAUAUAAUUCAAAAAGAAAAGAAUUGCACCGAUUAUCUUUGAAAUUGAAAGGAGAAAAAGAUCAGGUAGAAAAAUUAAAUAAUCUUACAUCUAGUCAAUUGGAGGCUAUAAUCGGUGGUAGUAUCUGAAUGAACCAUAAUGUGCAUAGUUUUAAAUCUUCACAAUUCAUAAAUUAUACAAUAAGAAAUGCGAUAUAAAUGUGAACGCCAAUGUUAGUAGUAUUUGUAAUUAUAUACAUUGUUUAUAUAACACCCAUUCCAUGUUAAAGGGAUCAGUUGAAUAACAGAUUAAUUUAAUAAAUUCCAAUUCUGCUAUCAAAAAAA